AUGUUUAGUUCUUUGUAUCCUUUUUAUAUGGUAUUUAGGGUGAAAAUGUUUCUUAAUAUAAGGAAUGGAUUAUCGGUAGCGACAAAUUCAUCAAAAGUGAUCAGACAAUUAUGCACAAAAGCAGCUGCUUUUGAAAAUGUAACAAAUAACAAGCAAUCAAAUGAGAGUUCAAAAAAUAAUGUCGUGGAUUAUCGUCAUAUUUAUCCAGAAUUUUUGCCUGAUCCCAAACCAGAGUUCAGAAAUGUUUUACGAGAGAAGUUGGAGAGAAGCGACAUGAUUGCAAGAAGGACCCAGAUUCAAAUACCAGAAUUUUAUGUUGGAUCUAUAUUAGCUGUUACUUCCUCUGACAAACAUACUCCUGGUAAAAAUAAUAGAUUCGUUGGUAUUUGUAUUGAUAGGGAAGGGUGUGGGUUAAGAGCUACAUUUAUAUUAAGAAAUGUUAUAGAACAACAGGGUGUUGAAGUUAAGUUUGAAUUGUAUGACCCAACAUUACACAAAAUAGAAGUAUUAAGAUUAGAAAAACGUUUAGAUGAUAAACUAUUUUACUUAAGAGAUGCUCUUCCUCAGUACAGUACUUUUGAUCCCAAUAUGGAACCAGAAUUACUUCCAGGGGGCUCAACAGUACCUGUUAAUAAUUUAAAAGUUAAACUAAAGCCAAAACCAUGGCUUGAAAGAUGGGAAAGACAAAACUUACAAGGGGUUGAGGAUCUUGGUUUACCAGAGAAGUUCUAUAUUAGGGCUAAAGAGCUUGAGAAACCUUGGGAAAAAUAUGAUUUGAUGAAGGAUUACAUGAAAACUAUCCCAGAAGAAGAGCAAACUGAAAUAUUCUCAGAAGUUCAAUCACAUUUACAUAAAUUAGAAGUAACAAGAAAGCAAAUGAAGAGGAAGAGAGUGUUUGUUAAACCUAGUAAAUUGGCUUAA